CAUACUUUCUCAGCACAGUUGACGAUUUCAGAAGAAAAAAAAAUCUUAAAACAGAGAAACUUGCUCAGAUUCUAGGGAGAGUGAGAGAGAGGAAGAAUUUCAGAAUUGUUGAAGAUGAUCGGUAUGCAUUAGAUUCAUUGAUCGGAACACUAUGGAUAAGGAAACGGAGAUUCUCUCCCGUCUCGCCGCGAACCACCUUCACCUUGCUCAAUUCGAGCCGUUAAAGGCAACGUUACUCGCUCUCAGGGUUCGAAACCCUGACCUCGCUCACUCGAUUCUCCAGACCAUCGUCUCCAACGCCGGUAGAUUCGAGAAUGUCCUCUGGUCACCACGCUCUUGCUCUUCCCCGUCUCUUCUCGCCUUCCUCUCCACCAUCGAGCUUCUCAGAUUCGAAAACUCUACUACUUCCCCUUGGGGGUUCGAUUCAGAGACUCUAGGUUUGCGUGCGGAUUUCUUGUUGAUGGUCCAGGUUUUGAUCGAUAGAGUUAGGGAUGGUGGUGACAAGGAAGGGAACUGUGUAACGGUUUUGCAAGGCUUUUUGGAUUUGGGUGUUGAGAGGUUGAGGUUUGAUGUUGAUGCAAGUAGCAGCUUUAUGAUUGAAGAAGAUGAUGUUAUGGCUUUGAGGAGUAUAGUGUUGGAUUACUCUGAUGUUUUCGAUGCCUUGUGCUGUAACAUUAAGAGGCAACUCAAUGGUUCCAACAGCUGUAUGGUGGAGGAAGUAAUGGAGAGAAACGAGGCGAUAGAUAUUGAUCCUCGAGGAGAGGAUAACAAUGAUGUGUUUGCUUUGAUACACAGAAAUGUUCAGUUAGCACAGUUGGAUGCUAUGAGAAGAAAACUGGAUGAAGGAGAUGAGCUCGGGGCAGCUGAUCGAAUACGCUAUCUUCACCUUGAUUAUGGCGUGGAGAAAGAGAAUUAUCAUUCCGUUCUAAAAGAUCUUCUUUCAAGAGUUAUGGAAAAAAAGGAUGAAUAUGGUGACUCCUGGCACAUGGUGCGCCGGAACUUGCUGUUUAUCUAUAAGGAAGCUCUCUCUUCUAAUUGCGGAGAUCUUCUCCAGAUGAUUCAGGGUAUCCAAGAUGGUUUGCUUCUACCAGAUAACCAUCUACAUAUAUCUCUCGACAAUGACCAAAUUCCUCCCCCUCUAGAGUGUUUCCUGAGAUGCCUUGUAGACCUGAAAACUGAGAGAAAUGUAGAGGACAAAAACUCCCCGCUGAGCAUGGCAGUUAAUUCUUGCCUCAGAGACAUGUAUCAUUAUGCUCGUAUUUCUGGAUCACAUGUGCUUGAGUGUGUGAUGUGUGCUGCUUUGUCUUACGUGAAGAAAGAAAUGCUUCAGGAGGCUAAUGAUGUUCUUACUUUGUCUCCCAGACUUCGCCCAUUAGUAGCUUCCAUGGGUUGGGACAUGUUGCCUGGAAAAACUGCAGCCCGUAGAAAGCUGAUGCGGCUACUUUGGUCUAGUAACUCACAAGCAAUUCGGUUAGAAGAAUCUACUCUUUAUGGAAACAAUACAGAUGAAAAAUCUUGUGUGGAACAUCUCUGCGAUACAUUAUGUUAUCGGCUGGACCUUGCAUCUUUCGCUGCUUAUAUCAGUUCUGGUAAAUCUUGUACCCCAAAGGCAUCUUUCUUGAUGCAUGGUAAUGUGUCAUCUGAGAAUAAUGAUGCGGAGGUGGAUCCUUUUGUUGAAAAUCUUGUGUUGGAAAGGCUUUCUGCGCAGAGUCCACUUCGGGUGUUGUUUGAUGUUGUUCCGGGCAUAAAAUUCAAAGAAGCUAUAUCACUGAUUAGUAUGCAACCUAUUGCUUCAACUGCAGAAGCCUGGAAGAGGAUUCAAGAUAUUGAAUUGAUGCAUAUGCGUUAUGCUUUGGAGGCUAUUGUUUUAGCAUUAGGUGCGAUGGACGAGGUCAUUAAAGAUGAGACGGAUACUAGUCAUCAUGUGGUAUUUUACUAUUUAAAAGACCUCACCACCCAUUUGGAGGCCAUUAAAAAUGUUCCACGCAAGAUUAUGAUGGUCAACAUAGUUAUUUCACUCUUACAUAUUGAUGAUAUUCGUCUCAGUUCUACUUCUAGUUUGGAUCUUGGCGAUCUUACUACAGAAGGGGAAAAUGAAAUUGUUAUAUCUUUCACAAGAAAGCUACUCAAUGUUUUACGCCGCAAUCUUCCAUCAGAGCUGAUUGAACAAGAGUGUCAACUGGAUGGUAGUUACAGUGCUGAUGGAAGACAGGCUUUAGAAUGGAGAGUAUCGAUGGCUAAACAUUUCAUUGAAGAUUGUGAAUGGCGGUUAUCUAUUAUGCAGCAUCUUUUGCCACUUUCUGAACGCCAGUGGGGUUUAAAGGAUGUUUUAAGUGUUCUAAGGGCGGCCCCUGCAAAACUACUUAACCUCUGCAUGCAAAGAGCUAAGUAUGACAUUGGAGAGCAGGCAGUUCAUCGUUUUGCCCUAUCAGCAGAGGACAAAGCUACUCUUGAAUUAGCUGAAUGGGUGGAUAAUGCCUUCAACAGAACAUUGGUAGAAGAUGUGAUGUCUCGUACUGCUGAGGGAGCAUCUUGCGGUUCAAGAUUUAGAUUUUGGUUCUCUAGCUUCUCAAUUGAGUCCAUUGGCUGUGAUUUUACUAUGCAUAGAUGCGGCUGCUUCUUCUGCCAAAUCUACAAAAAUUUCCAAACAGUUAUUGGAUAA